UUAAUUCUCUUUUCUCAUAGUUUCAAGAUUCUGUCUUCAAGCUCAUUUCUCUGGUCCCUUGGAUCCCACCAUAGCAAGCUUGGGUUUUUUUUUCCCUUUCUAGAAAUGUCUGGUUUCACACAAGUAAUAACGUUUAAACUGCUGAUGGUUGGGUGAAACAAAGAAGAGAAACAGCAUGCCUUGGUUCAGUUUCUUUCGCAGAGUCGUGCGCUUGAAUUUAUACUGCAUAGUUAUUUUGUAAAAUCUGUCGUUUUCACUUCACCUUAGUUUUAUAUCGGCUAGCCGUUCUUUGCUCAACCAUCCAUGGGAUCCACUCACUUUUAUUUCUUCUUAUGCGAUCAAUAUAGGAUUAGUUAGAAAUAUCGGAAUUUAGAAUACUAAUCCUAAUUCGAGCUCCUUCAGCCAGUGUCUUGCUUUCGAGCCGUUUCUUUAGUUCUAGAUAGAUAUCUUGUUUGUCUUAUACCUUGGGUGAAUUUGGUUGCUCUGUUAAUUGUUAUCUGGGUAUUUGUUUCCGUUCUCAUCCUAUAUCGAUAAGACUGGUUAAUCCAAGGAGAAGUACGUAGUUAUGGUGUGCCAAGCAGCUAGUCAAACAAGAUUUAGAGCAUUGAAACAUGAAAGUGGGAUUGCCGGAAAACCAACGAUUGUAGUUAGAGUAAUUGCAUGCUUUCAACCAAUGGAGGAUUGUCAGGCUGAGUACUUCCGUCAUUUACUUAAGCCCGUCACGUAGAUUGAUUCUUUUCAACAUUUGUUCGUUAAAAAAGCCUUUAGAAGUUUAAUAUACGGGAUCGAGCAUUGUCCAUUACCUGGAGUGUUCUAGUCGAAUGGUUCGGACCAACGAUUCUUGGGUUUUCCCUCGGUGUUCUUCUUGGCAACUGCCUGACUUAAGGUGCAUGAGAUCAUCAUUAGCGCCCGGGCAGCCAGAAUGCUUGCCUGCAUAUAUAAACCCUGGCAGUCACAUGCUUUCUGCGAGUGUAUCAAAACCGGGUUCUUUGGUUCCUGGUACAGAUCAUGGCACUCGUUUGCUUCCUGCAAAUAUUGCAAUCCCGAGACCAGCGGAUAUUUCUGUACUAAAAACGGAACAAAAGUAUAAUCCCCACGAGUUUUUCCAGCAGUUUUACCCUGGUUUCCUGACUUCAUUGCCCUCUUCUGGUUCGUAUCUCAACAAACAGCAAUUCAUGUUUACUAAUGGACAUGGGGGAAGGGCUACAGCUAAUUUGGUCCCUGGCUCCUUGCAGAAAGGGCUGGUAAUUUUUGAUCAGUCGGGCAGUCAGACAAGGUUAAUUUAUGGCCCUUUUCGAUCUCCAUAUCAGUAUGCGACGACUUCCACCACAGAGGUAGCUUCUUCCCUCGAUUUCCAUGAAGGGCAAGCAGUUAAAACAGAUAGUCUCGUUCCGGCCCCACCAGUUUUACAGGGGGAAUAUGAUGAGAACCAUUUGGGUGCCGAAGAGAGUGAGAUGCAUGAAGAUACCGAAGAACUUAAUGCUUUGCUUUACUCUGAUGAUGAUUCUGGUCACGACGACGAUGAUGAAGUAACGAGCACGGCUCACUUUCCUAUUAGAAUUAAGCGAAACUAUGAGGAUCAAGACCAUGGUUAUGAUGUAAUGGAGCAAGUUACGAGAUCUAAUGGUCCAAACAAAAGGCAAAAGCUACUGAAUGAUGGGAAUAAGCGACCUAUAACGGUGGACGAAGGCUCUCACGAGUAUGAUACUGAUGCAGACUCGAGCUAUGCCAUUGGACCAAAUCACGGAGAGGAAACUUUGCAUGAUGAACAGUCGAUAAAGGAUAAGAUUCGCACGACGUUAAAAAUCCUGGAAAGCAUAAUACCCGGUGCUAAAGGAAAGAACCCAAUCUUGGUCCUCGACGAAUCUAUAGACUACUUGAAGUCCUUAAAGCUCGAAGCCGAGACUUUAGGAGUGAACCGCUACUAGGUUUGCACUCUUACUUUGUAAGUAUGCCAACCAACUGUAUAAUUUGGUGGGAAAAGAAGGCUGGAAAUAAAACCAAAGUCUCAACUCGAAUGAUCGAUGAAUUUGAAAUCACUAAACUCGCCUUUUCUUCGGUGGGGCCGACCCAUUUUGUCGUCUUUUUUACCUUCUCAAGGAGCCUUAUGGGGGGGGUAGCCAAUGAAGGAAAGGCAAG